CAUACCUCACCUCCAGCUCUUUGCGUAGCCGUCAACUUUCGUCUUGUCAUUGUGAUUAUCUCUCAGGCCACACUUUUCUUUUCUUAUUCUAAUAUUUAAAUAUUUCUGUCACUUGUCGUUCCUUAUCCUCGGGCAGAUCAAUUGCACUCCACAAAAAUGUCCUCUCCUCGCGCCUCUUCUCCUCUCGCAUCUGGUGCUGAGUCUGGCCCUGAUACCAAAUCUUCCGGCUCUGGCGCCGCUGCUGCAUCCGGAUCCUCUGCAAAUCGCCCUUCCUCGCCCACGCCGCCCGGUGGUCCUCGUACGGCUCUUCGUCGACGCGCUGCUGCAGACCACAAGGAAUCAUUGCGCAAUGCGCGACCGGCAUCGACUCGCUCUGCUGGUGCCGGUGGCUCCUCCGGCACUAUGCUCAAGCUCUACACUGACGAGAGCCCAGGCCUCCGAGUAGAUCCUGUCGUCGUUUUGGUUUUGAGCUUGGGUUUUAUCUUCUCUGUUGUUGGUCUGCAUGUCAUUGCCAAGAUCACCCGCAAAUUCUCUGCGUAGACAUUUUCAUGGGUCCUGCAGUGGCCUGUAUGAUGUCAGUGCAGCGCACAACUGUCUCUGAAUCUAUACCGCAAGAAAAAAUGAUACUACACUUGCGACUCGUCAAUGAAGGUCUCCGCUUGCCUUUACCUUCCUCCUCUAUACCCCUCUAGUACUUCUGAUCCGACGUGGCGUGGAAUUGAAGUUGCUUAAGCACAGCGUGGAUAUAUACUUCUUUACGGUUAUGGGCUUGCAGCUUGCUCUAAAGAAAGAUAAACUGGCAUUACUGUAUAUUAUUUUACUACACAGAAACCAAAAUUCACCGGAGUCUGGCUGUCUUUGCUAUAAUAUUUUGGCUCGUAGUGC